GAAUUUUGUCACGUGACGAGAAAUCAUGUGACUCCCACAGAGGCACGAUGUCGCCGCCGACUGUGGUCAGAUCAGCUAUCGGUGUGUUUUUUGAAUAUGAUACACCAAAAAUUGUACACAUACGUAGCAAAAAAGUUGGCAUAAUCAACAGGAUUCUUCAGCUCAUCAUAAUUGGCUAUGUAGUUGGGUUUGCCAUUGUAUACAAGAAAGGUUACCAGGAGUUUGAAGAUGUCCAAAGUGCUGUCACAACAAAACUAAAAGGUGUGGUGUUCACCAACUUCACCACAAUCCCAGGCUUGGAUGGUCGGAUAUGGGAUGUUGCUGACUAUGUAGUGCCACCGCUGGAAAAUGAUGCUUUCUUUGUCAUGACCAAUGUUUAUGUAACACCCUCUCAACGACAGGCAACUUGUGAAGAAGAUCCGACCAUCGGUGAUGCUCUCUGCGAAAAUAAGACAUGCACACCUAAUGAGCCUGUGGUUAAUGGCAAUGGUGUUAAAACAGGAGCCUGCCUAAACUCUACUAUAUUGCCUGGUACCAAAGUAUGCGAAAUAUAUGCCUGGUGCCCAGUGGAGAAUGACAAUACCUCCACGCCUCCUUAUCCUGCUUUAGGUGCUGCAAAAAACUUUACAGUCUUCAUUAAGAAUAAUAUUGAGUUUCCAAAGUUUGGAGUUCAAAGGAGGAACAUCUUGGGGUUCGACAAUGACACACAGCUAGCAAAUUGCCGGUUUGACCCUAAUGAUCCCUUGAAUAAAUUCUGCCCUAUUUUCGAACUGGAUAAAAUUGUGCAGUUAGCUGGGGACAACUUUGACGACCUUACGUCCUCGGGAGCCGUGAUACAAAUCAUCAUCACCUGGGACUGUAACUUGGAUUAUGAUGAGAGCAACUGUCUCCCGGAGUACAGUUUUCGACGACUGGAUCGUGGGGAUUUCAAGGUCUCUAGGGGAUUCAAUUUUAGGUAUGCUGACCACUAUAAAUCUGAUAAUGGCACUAGUUUUCGGACACUGUACAAGACCUAUGGCAUUCGCUUUGUGAUUGUGGUCCAGGGAACAGCUGGCAGAUUUGGAGCAUGGCCUUUGUUCUUGAACAUUGGAAGUGGCAUAGCUCUUCUGUCUAUUGCCACAGUCCUCUGUGAUAUAAUUGUUUUAUACAUCCUGAAAGCACGCAGUUACUACAGAGACAAGAAGUAUCAGGAUGUCAAAGGUGAAGAUGCCUACGAGCCUGGCCCAGUAACCCGUUUGUCCAGCUUGUCCAGCGUGGAGCAAAUGCACAAGUGACUGCAACUUCAAGAGACUUUAAAUUGCUUUUGUCAGGCUUUUGAUGAGGAUAAGUCAGACAGCGAGUCUGGCACGCGACGUCGUCAGUCAAGCAUAUCCCAAGCAAGUACAAACCGAAGCAUUGACUAAACCCUCUCCAGCUGAAACAGUUCCAUUAACAAAUUACCUGUUCAUGUCUUAUCAUCUGUCCAUUAUCAGGACCAUUUUAAAUAAAUUCUAUACAUUACAAAGUGCGUGUGAUUGGGAAUUUUUUUCCCCAGUUGUGAUUUUUUUAAAACAGGUUUUUAUGUUUUGUGUCCCUUAGGUAAUAUUUGUAUGGUGAUUGAAAUGAUUUUGAAGUAUUUUGUAGUCUUUUUGCAUCAAUCAUUUGUGAAAUAUGAUGAAUGCUGAACAGAAAGUGAAGCAAUAGCCUAACAUCAGACCCCACUUGAUCCUUAAUUUUUCUGGUGACUAUUGUUGCAACUAUUUUAUAAGCUUUAAAAUUGUAUGUUUAUGAAGAAACAGUUGUGGUAGCUGAGAUUUUGCGUUGUGCAUUGUUUACAAAAGAUUUCAAUGUAUCACAAGGUGAUGGGGUCAGUUAUGCUUUUUUGAUUUGUACAUAAAUCUGUACGAACUCUGACAAGGUGUCUACAAACAGCAGCACUCUAGGGUCAUAAAGAAACAGUAUAUACUGUCUUCAGGAUACACAGUUGUUCUCACGUGUCACAAACUUCACAAAGUUUUCAGCUUAUCCCAGUGUCACAAGUUUUUGUGUGUGCUCAUUGUAAUGGAUAACCUGUCUCGUAAACUGAAGGCAGCAUAUCUGGAUCAUUUUUAUAAAACUUUAUAACUUUAUUGUGGGUGACAAUCUUUCAAUAAGAGUUAAAAAGAAGUUGUUGCGAGUGUCACAUGAUUUUAAGUUUUUCUGAAUAAAUUUGUUCUUUAUAAAACCAUGGUGUCUUCUCUCGUAAUGCAUUCAGUCUUUCUCAACACUGGUGGUGUAUACUAAUGGUAAACUAAAAGAGAACAAAAUGCAUUGAAAUUUUUAUCUCUGCCAUGUAAAUAUAAGACAGUUUAUUGCUGUACAUAUUAAAUCCUGAGAGGGUCAAAUGAUUUAAUUUUUUAAAUGAUUUAAUGAGUUAAUUUGAAAUUUGUUGUUUUUCUCUGAGGAUUUUGUUAACCAUGUAUACAAAGGGUGAACUAAGACUUCAGCUAUUCUUUCGCAUAAUUGUUUUGCAUUUGGAGUUAUUCACCAUCAACCUUUUCAUGAUUUCAUUUUCAUGCUUAUAAAAUGUAUUCUUACAUUUUUACUGGCAUAGCAAAUGCAUUGUUCAUAUCUGUGAUGAGACUUGCAUAAGGUGACCAGACAUUUCAGGAGUGAAAGCGGGACGCGUGCGGAUCAUGGUAUAGUGACUGACAAAGAGCGUCAUAAAAAAAAGAAAAAAGAACAAAAAACACGGAGUGGGGGGGGGGGUGGUGGUGGAGUAGAAUCCUGGAAGGCAGUAAACUAGAAGAAAAUUUUGACAUUAUUAAUCAAACGGCAAUAGGCAAAAGCCAAAACCAAAGGCAUGGAUGUGAAUCAGUGUUCAGUAAUCAGAUUUUUAAAUUGAAGCAGGUUGUUGAUCGACUUUUUAGAUGAAUGCCAGAAAGCCGGACAUUGGGUGUCCCACUGAACAUUCUAUGAGCAGGCGGGAUCCGUGGUCAAAGGCGGGACUGUCCCGCCUAAAUUGGGAUGUCUGGUCACCUUAGACUUGCAUGAACUUUUGCCACCUUAUUUUUCAAGUGGUUUGGCAAAAUAAUCACUUUACUGAAUGCCUUCUUUUUAUUAUUUUUUUAUUUUACACUCCAUUUUUGUUUUGGGGAGUGAAAUAUAGGGAAUUUCUUAGGUAGAUGUCAAGUUUCAAUGCAAAAUGCAAUUUACAGGUCCAAUCAAAAAUUCUUGGAGCUUUUGGACGUUCCUUUAUAUACUGUUAUGUGUGCAGUGGUGUCUUCUUAUCAGCUGAAUAAAUAUACUGUCCAUCAUGAGUCCAAUACACUGUAUUGUCCUUUUAGUCUAGUCAUCAUAUUAUUUAUUACAUUGGAGCAGUAUUGUCCAGUCAGAAGGAGAGACGUGAUCAGUAAAAGCCUUACAUAUUUCCAGUGCCAGCCUGUCUUUCCCAUUAGAUUUUCAGUAAUGUCUGUCAUGUUUACUUUGGCCCAUGAUAUGUUUGGAUGAAAAUAUGUUUGAUUAUACAUUUGCACGUAUUUGUGCAUAGCUUUUAAUUUUCACGUCAUAUUUUAAAAGGAAUGAUAUGUGAACUAAUUUUUCAGGUGACAGCAACUUGCCUUUUCAUCUCCAUGUAAAAAAAGAUUUAAAAUACUUUUAGUGGAUAAAAAGAGAAAUUAGUUUGCAUUUGUGUGCAAAUAUUUGAUGGAACUUAAUAUAUACAAAGCAAAUUCACAAAGCAUUUUCUAUUUACAUUUGUAUAGCACAAGAAAUUUGUCCCAUGACAAAGUGUCGUACCUCUUGACUGCGUAAUAAAUUACAGCUAUAUAAUCCUA